CAAGAGAGAUGAGGAGCCAAGUCCUGGCCACGGUUCAGGACCUGGACACGUUUAAAGAGUUCCAAGAGCGGCACGACGCCGUAAAACACAUAGAGAAGAACUUGCAGGAGCUGCACCAGGUGUAUUUGGACAUGGCUUUGUUGGUUGAAUCCCAGGACGAGCAGCUACGAAACGAGAGCGAUGAACUCAAACAGAGAAAGACACCUGCAACGGAGCUGAGAGGUGUGAACAACGGGAAGAAGAAGCUGAGAGGCGUCGAGUCUUACCGGGAAAACAUCCGCAAGUGGAUUGCGUUACGAUUAUGCUGUUGCUGCUGAUUGCGUUGAUUUACAUUGUCAAGGUGAAGCCGUGGAACAAUAAACACCAUCAUAGGUUAAGACAUAAGAGAAGAGACCA